CUUUAUUAUGCUUGGAAAUUCAUUUGCUGGAAACCUUUAUUUUGCAUAUUGUAUAUUUCGGAGACUGCUCGGGGUUGUCUCGGGUUCCGGGAUCGUUUCGGGUCCUGUCGGUUUUCAAAACCACGCAAAGAAUAUUUUAAAACAGAGCUGCCCUGAUCAAUGGCGAUUUCUAACAAGCUUAAAGUCGCUUUUAUCGUUAUUAUAAUUUUUUUUAUUACAGGGAUUGUUAUUUUCUUCGGUGGACUUCAACAACUAUACAAGGUGAUUUCGCGAAAGCCUAGUACACGUUCUCACCUCAUCGACAUUGAACCUCUAGGAAUCGUAAACAACAGUAAAAUAAUCUUGUUUUAUACUUCGUGGUUUGGAUACAUCCCAUGGCCAGGAAUCAAAGAUAGGGAAGAUGGACUACACAGCGAAAAAGGAGUACUUUGCAGCGAAAAAAGAUGCAGAAUUUCGUAUCGUGCGAGCGAUUUCUUGCGAAGCGAUGCUGUGGUUUUUCAUGGAUGCCAGUUGUCACGUAAAUGGAUAAAGAACGAGGUUACAACGUCCCUAAUUCACAGAAAGCCGAAAAAUCAAAAAUGGGUUUGGUAUGAACAUGAAAACCCACAUAAUAUCGGCUAUGAUGCACGAGUUUUAAAUGGGAUGAUUGAUAUUGCUGUCACUUAUAAAAUGGAUUCGGGUAUUUGGUCACCGUAUGGUAGCUAUUCAAAUACUAGUUCAAAACAAACAGAAACAAACUAUACCGAAAACAAGAAUAAACUCGCUCUAUGGGUCGUUAGCAACUGCAAGUCAGUGCUGAGGAUUCAGAUCGUGAGAAAACUUCGCGAAUUUAUCCCGAUCGAUGUUUAUGGUGGGUGUUCGAGUUACUUCUAUUGGCGAACAAGAAGUUGUAAACCUGACUGCACAGAGAUUAUAAAGAAAUACAAGUUCUACUUUGCACUAGAGAACCGUCAUUGUAAAGACUACAUCACUGAGAAGUACUGGCAUAAUGCUAUAGAGAAUAAUGUUGUUCCGAUUGUUGCAGCGGGCGAGUUUGGCCGAAGAGUUCUUAUACCAGGGUCUUAUAUUGACCUAUUAGACUUCCCUAGCCCCAAGGCACUAGCGGAUUAUCUGACAUACUUGGAUCGAAAUAGCACUGCCUAUAAUGAAUAUUUCUCAUGGAAAAAGAGUUAUAAAUAUAACUUGCAACACCACAUGUGGAUAUGUGAGCUUUGUGGCCUGUUGCAUAGUGGAGGUGAACAACAAAAAACAGCCAUAGAGAAUUUUGGGGAAUUUUAUGGCAUCGAGGCAAACUGUCCCUCGAAUUAUGCAUCAAUUUAUUAUAAUUGGCUGCAUAAUUCUGGAUCAAGACAUUGGUAUAACCUUUUUCAAUUAAUCAUAACCUUGUUGUUACUGGGUUUGAGCGUGUGACAGUACUUUGGACCUGUUGGGCAAGUCAGAGAGGGAGGGAGGGCGACACUCAAUGAGUUAAAAGGCUAGUUAGUAAAUACUGAAUCCUAAUUUUUAUAACGUUGUAAAAAGCAGGGCUACAUUUUAUUUUAGAUUUAUUUAAUUGACUUUCUUUGAACAAAAUUAAAGUCAAUUUGUGCCUUUGCUA